AUGCUGCCAUCUCUUGAGCAGCUGGAUUUGGAGUGCUUGUGGAUCAUGCGUGUCAGUCAGCACUGAUUCAGCACUACAAGAGAGCUAAAGAGGGCUGGGACUCAGGAUAUUGGACAAAUGACGAUGGAAGUAGCGGACAAUCUUUAGGGGGGCUUCGGGAAGUGUGUGUGUGCCCCCCCCCCCCCCUAAAAAAAAUGGGGAACAGCGUCCAGAAGCGGAAAAAGGUGGAGACUGAGAAAAAGCCCCCAGCACUCUGGGAGAAACCCAAGGGCUUCUGGAUGAUUGGACGUGCCGAAAAACCGAAGACAGCUGGCACCAAGGCCAACGAUGAGCAGAAAAAGUUGGCAGUGCACUACUCAGCCACAGAACACUUCCAGGAGAAUGUUUUCAUCGAGGGCAAUCGGCCUCAGUACCUGGAGGACCUGCACUCGGAGGCUCAGGAGGGCCUGAAAAUACUACAGCAGGAAGGUCAGCAAGAGCACGAGAGUGGAGUGAACUUUGGUGAAGAGGAAAGCUUUACUUCGUCAGACACAGCACAUCCAGAAGAUGAUCUUAACUCCAAAGAUGAGGCGGGCUCUCUGGAGACGCAUUCCAACUCAGGGAUUACUGAUACCACAAGAAAUUCUUCUGUGUCAACGAGACCGGUGCUCACUCGCCAAGGUUCUACAUUCAAGCCGCUUUAUCCAGUGAAAAGAUUGGAAAAGAACAGGAAGAGAAACAGAAGGACCACCAUCAUGGGUAUUCCAAACCAGGUCCAGAAAGAACUUGCAUUGCACAGAGGUUCUACCUUCCAGCAAGUUGUUUCUACUCAGUUACCCAAUCACGACAGCCAAUCGGGUGUUUUCAUCAUUCCAACUGUUGAUGGAGGGACUCCAGUGAUGACCAAGGAGGGAGCAAAGGUGCACCUGUCAGACCUGGAACAGGUAUCUGAUGAUAAGCAGCAGAUGAGAUCGCAUCUUCAGGAAGUACACAAGACUGACGAACACCAGGGAUUUGGAAUCCAUCACUAUCGGUCAUCUGUCAUCAGACCGAAGUCUGUUGCAGUACCUGGAAUGACUACCUUUGCUUCCUUCAAUCCUUUAAUGAGUAGCUUCCUCUUGGAACCCCAGGGUCCAGUCAUGUCUGUAUCCCCUCAGGCUACCUAUCUAUCUACAAUCAUCCCAAAUGCAGUGCUGCCAGCCUCGAUUGAAGUUAUUGAGAUUGACCGCAGCAGUCAAAGAGGAAACGGUGUCAACCAUUGUGGCAGUGUUCACACAGUAAGCAAAAGCAGCCUGGCUUCUGUGGGUUCAUCAGCCAGCCCUUUUCUCUCCAGAAAAUCAGGUGGGGAUGGUUCCCACACAGAUAGUUCCUGCAACAACUCCACAACAGAUGGCACCACACACAAAGUGGAUCUCAAUCUUCAGGAAAGUUGGGUGAAUUCUCCAGGGGACCAAGUGCUCACUAGCCUCCACAGCUCAGCGAAUCGCAUUACUAAUAUUGAAACUAUAGUAACAAGCAAAGAUUCUGAGGCUCUCGUGCCAUGUGCCAGUGGGGAUGAUGCAAAGAUCAAACGUAAUUCCGCUCGAAGUCUCUCAAUUAUCAAGACCAAGCUACCCCCAGCACCUCCACGAAGAUCAAACUCUCUUCAUAACAAUAAGAUCCAGACUAUUUCUAAAGGUCAAGCGGAUAGCAAAGAUGCAAAUGUUUCUGCUUCUCAAUGGGUAUCAAGUGCUAUAGCAAUAAAGGAGGAAUUACAAUCAGUCACUGUGGAAACAAGAAAGAUCCUGGAUCCUGGAUCAAACACUGCAGAAUACAACUCCCAUCCUUUAAGCCUGACGCAGGUUUCUUCCGGUGAAGCAAGAAAGGCAGGAGAGUCCGUCUCAGAACUCAACCCCUCUUUCCAACAGAAAACUCCCACAGAAAGUGAGAAAUUUGAACGGACCAUAUCGCCUUCCAGCGGCUACUCCAGUCAAAGUGGCACCCCAACACUUUCCCCAAAGGAGAUAACCUCAACGUCUACAGAUAAACACAAGAUGAAACCAGUUAAGCCGGAGAGAUCUGUGUCUCGGGCGUCAUCCUCAGCCUCGCCUUCCUCAUCGCUUACUUCCCUAUCAUCUGGUACAUCCGAGCCUGUUAAUUCAGAUGUUUCCAAUUCUUGUAUUACUAGUUUGCCAGUUUCUGCAAAAGAACUCUCUUCACAUUUGAGAAUGGAAGUCAGAGAGCAGUGGAAUGUCCCAUCACCUCCCAAGGUCAAAGCACCAUGUCCACCUCCUCCUGAAACAUGGGCUCAAAACAGUCACACCUUUGCGCUCCUGUGUGGUCUGAGCCCCCAAGUCAGCAAAGUAUUCAAGGAAUCAACAAAGACAAAGGAGAGCACAGUUAAACAUGAAGGAAGCCAAACAGAAACUAGUGAGUUCUGUUUUGAAAAACAAAUUAAAGAAAAAGCAGAAGGAUCAGAAAUGAAUUCAAAGUCUGAGAAAUUGUUAUGCGCCAUUCCUGUGGAUGCCCAUCAGGGUACAAAAAGUACAGAAUGUCCAGAUGCAGAAGAAACAUUUUUAGCUAAAGGCGGCAUUGAAACACCAGAAGUACAAGAACAAUUGUGCUGUAGCCCGACAAUGACUGACUCUGGAAGUUGUGAUGUUUCCACAAAAAAAGAACCACCUCCUGUUAUGAAGAAACAACUACCGAGAGAAGACAAGGUGUUGACAGAGGGACAACAAAUUGAAAGUUGCAACAUUACCACAACUACAACCUCUGUUGAUGAGAUUGAGGAUAAGGUCGAUACAAGUGAAGUUGCGUCAAUACAAGCAAAUUCUGUAGAUUCCCAAAACACUAAUAAAAGCUCACCCCCACCUUCUCCACCACCUGCUUACCAGCCUACGCCUCCGCUCUCAAGAAAGUCACCCGCCACCUCUGUACCAACAUCACCAGUUGAGUUCGAACGAGUACAGGGUGAGAGCCGCGUGGUAGAAUCAUCUUGGCCACCUCCUCCGCCUCCUUUAUUGGGAGAUUCCGUUUUCGAAGGCGGAGAUGAGAUAGAAUUUCCUCUUCCGCCUCCACCUGACGUGCCAGACAAUGUGCCACAGAGUUGUGCCACAGAGAUGAAUGCUUCAGACACACCAAUGCCACCCUUAGAUGAAUUUGUCAAGGGAAUUAAGGACUCAAGUGAAUCAGAUAAAUCUACACCGCCAGAUCCAGUUUUGCCUCAAACUGUAGUCUGUGACAAGAGAGACGCAGAAGCUUCACAUGGACCAGCGCAGAAUAUUUCACCUGCUUUAGAAACUCCAUCAUCUCAUUCCAUUAGCCCAGCAGAAAUCCAACCAACAGUCUGUGCAAAAACGUCUUCUGGCAGUUUUCUAAAGCGACACUCUCUUGAGAUUGAAAAUCGCUCUAGCACUGAACCUAUCACUUUGCAACUCCCCACUCUGGUUACACCCCCUUUACCAAUGGACACCCUUACCACAGGGGUUUCCUUUAGAAGGCCACCCAGUUCUGCACACAAAGACAACAGGGGCAAGGACCUUCUAGCUCGCCACAAAAGUGCACCGAUUCCUAAAGAGGAUGCUAACAUACCUCUUGUUACCCCCUCUUUACUUCAGAUGGUCCGCCUACGUACAGUCAGUUCAAGUGAGGAUAGUGCUGAAGCACUGCCUGAGGACAAAACAAAAAAUGAGGGAGCGCUAGAUCAAGAGAUGUGUCGAGCCCAAAGCGAAGGGCAGCAUAACACUCCACAAAAGCCCACCCGCAAAUCACUUAAAUCACCCCCUCAGGUGGUGAAAACAUAUGUGACACCGAACACCCCUUCCAUGCGAUUACAAGAAGCUAUUCGGAUAAAAACUGCAGCUCUGUCAAGAGAAGGUCUUCCAUGCCGGCUGGGGAUGAGACCGUCAUACCACUGUUUCAGCGAACCAGGGAUGUUGUCGCUCAAAUCAUCUGAAGCAUUCGACACACAGAGGAUCCCAGCUUCUACUGCAAGCUUCAUCUUCUCCAGGAGCUCCAAACGGGUUGUUAUUGACACUGGUGCUGCCUCUUCGAAUGAAGACCAGGCUAGUGUGAAGCGAAGUUUAGCGGCCGAGAUCAUGCGCUUUUCUGAACAGACGAAUACCGCUGCUUUCUCAAGCAGUGGGGUGAGGUCUGACCGGGUUCCACCACCAGUAGCCAGGAAGCCUUCGCAAGGCAGCAUCAGUUUUUCACAAGAUCGUCCUGUUUGUUCAGCUAGGACGGAACCCAGUGUUCCUGCCGCAGAUGCAAUCGGAGCACAACAUUCCAAGGGAAUAGCACUAACCGAGACAACUACAAGAGUGACCGCAGACACAAUUGAAACACUGUUUUGAAAGCACUUUGUGGUAAUUAACCAAGAGGAGCCACAGGAAAGCCUACAAGCAAGUUAACGACUGGAUAAACAGGACUAUUAACUCACAUAUACGAGUUGCGUUGACUUAAAGCCUUAGCCUGAAAUGGCCUUCCAAAUGUAUUUAUGCAAAUUAAUAGCUACCACUUUCUUAUGAUAGCUUUAUUCUGGAGUAUUUUUCUAAGCUUCUAUCUGACUGAAGCCCCCCUCAGGAUAAACUUGUGUACAUACGGGCUGGACUGUAAAUAUUGUGAGUGCGCCCCCCAGAGGCUGAAUUAGGGAGCAGUCACAUCAGUGUUUAUGUACAGAGAUUUAGAUCUGGCCUUGUAACAUACAAUUUAAUAGCGAUGAUGUGGUUGUCACUAAAGUCUGAUGAAGGCUCCAUUAACACUAAUAAAUGUUGCUUGGAGAUAAGCAUAGAAACAAAUAAUUCAGUUGAGACAAAGGGAAAGAGUAUGAAUAUGAUAAAGAGUGUGUUAUUUAGAACAGAAGCACAUUUGUAUAGCUACAUACAGAUAGUCGACUAUUAAAAUGCUUUUAUCGGAUUAUCAUUAUUUGUCUCUUGGCUAUAAUAAAAGACAAUUUGAGAUACA